AUGGCCAGCUUUUUCGAUAACAAAGCUAGAGCGGCUGCACAAGCUGUGGCAUCUUCCUCUAAAGCCAAACCUGCGGCUGAUGUUGCCCCUCGGAUGCAGCCAUGGGUUGAGAAAUACAGACCACGCACUUUAGAUGAAGUCAAAUCCCAAGAACACGCUACAGAAACACUACGCCGCAUGGUAAACGCCUCCAAUCUUCCCCAUCUGCUCCUCUAUGGGCCGCCAGGUACAGGCAAGACAUCUACCAUUCUUGCUUUAUCGAGAGAACUGUUUGGUCCCGAGCUAUUCUCCAAUCGAGUACUUGAGCUCAAUGCAUCUGACGAAAGAGGCUUGAGUGUCAUCAGAGAAAGAGUCAAGACUUUUGCCCAGCAAGCACUCAUUCAUGCUCCAUCAAGCAAAGAAUACCGCGAACGAUAUCCAUGUCCUCCAUUCAAGAUCAUCAUCCUGGACGAAGCCGACAGUUUGACACAAGAUGCACAGAGCGCGCUGAGAAGAACGAUGGAGAUCUACAGUAAACUCACCCGGUUCUGCUUGUGCUGCAACUAUGUCUCGAGGAUCAUCGACCCAGUCGCCAGUCGGUGCAGCAAGUUCAGAUUUAAGGCUUUGGAUGGUGGGCACGCUAAAGAACGGAUAGAAGAGAUCCUGGGUUUGGAAGGGGUCAGCUAUGAUAGUGGAGUGGUCGAGAAGGCUCUGUCUGUGUCAGAUGGAGAUCUCAGACGAGCAAUUAACCUAUUGCAAUCAGCAGCACGCCUCGUGGGUGCUUCUGCAGGCGAGGUCAAUGGUCAUGCGUCUAAGAAAAGUCGGAAGAAGCAAGUCAUCGACGACGAGGAUGAGGAAAUGGCUGACGCUGAUGCGGACGCUGAUGCGGACGGCGAAGCUGGCAAGACUGUCGCAAUCAAGGUUUCCGAUAUCGAUGAGAUCAGCGGCAUCUUCCCUCCCGAAAUGGCCGACACGCUGAUCGCCGUGUUACAAAACGGCAACACGCAAAACUACAACGUCGUCGCAGCAGAAGUCACUGACAUCGCUGCCUCCGGCUACUCGGCAAAUGAGGUCCUGCUCGCCUUGUACAACAAGAUCAUCUACGACGAUUUAGUGGACUCUCGAAAGAAGAACAAACUCACAUUGCUUUUCUCAGAGAUGGACAAGCGACUGAUUGAUGGCGUCGAUGAGCAUCUCACUAUGCUGGACAUGUCCCUGCAGAUUGCUGGUCUCCUGGUCGAGAGAUGA